UCAUUAUGAGCUGUGCCUUGAUGAAAUCUAUUAGUUAUAAACAUCAUGUCAACAUUGUCUUAGUACUACUAAUUAGUAAUUAAAGUACAAAAAGUCUUAAGAGUGUAAUUAGCAAAAAUGCUAGCCAUUUCUUCUCCUAUGAUUUCUACUAAUUAUAUUAAUUUUGGUUGGCUUUUGGAAGAUUCAAAUAGCCAACAAAUUAACAUUAAUCCCAUGGAACCUCUUCAUUCAUCAUCACGAAAAAACCUUCAACACUCUGAUUCAAAUAAAUUUGAUGAGAUUACUAUCAACGGUGGUGAUCAUCAUCAACCCGAUCAAACGGUGAAGAAGCUUAAUCAUAACGCAAGUGAACGUGAUCGUAGAAAGAAAAUCAACGACUUAUAUUCUUCUCUUCGUUCUUUACUUCCUCCUUCUGAUCAUAUGAAAAAGCCAAGUAUUCCAUCAACAAUAUCAAAAAUUCUAAAGUACAUACCAGAGUUACAAAGUGAAGUGGAAAGAUUGGUUCAAAAGAAAGAAGAAUUUACAUCAACAUAUGUUUUCAAUAGACAAAAAUUAGGUGAUUUUACCAAACAAAAAAGAACAAAAGGAGGAAUUGAGAAUUCUUCAUUUGUUAUUUCAACAAGUAAAUUAAGUGAUAAAGAAAUAGUUGUUCAAAUAUCAACUUUGAAGAUCAAUAAAGGUUCAAUUGGUGAGGCUAUUUCACAAUUAGAAGAUGAAGGACUUGUUCUACUAAAUGCAAAUUCUUUUGAAACUUUUGAAGAUAGAGUAUUCUAUACCUUGCAUUUUCAGGUUGAAGGAAGUAUGGUGGUUGAGAUUGACAUGUUAAGAGACAAACUCUCAUCUUAUUUUGAGAAGGAAGACAAGUUAUAAUUACAAAAAUGAAUUUCUAGUUUAAUUUUUAGAAGGAUUAAAUUUAUAUAAAAAUGACAUUGUAAUUUCAGUUUAAUAUUUUCCUUUUUUGCUUGUAUAUAUGUAAAUACCAUCUUAUUUUUCUCUGUCAUUGUGAAUGUGCCUUCAUUUUCAAGAGAGGCAAUAUCUUGUAAUCAUAGACAUGUUGACUAUAGUAAUAUUCUUUGGAUCUUGAGUCAUGUGCACUUCCACAAGUUUGGGAUUUAGUAGAUUUAUGUACAAAUUUCUUUGAUGGGAAAUUUAAUUAUGUCAAAGCUCGUAGGUAGGUAGCGACGAAUCCAAGAUUUUGAAGUUUAUUAUUAAUUUUUAUA